GGAGCCCGGACGACCCAGAGCUGGUCUCUCGCCUGGUGGAAGAAUCAAAUAUAGUGAUCUGCAGUCUCGCUUCCUUUGCUGCGCCCCAUAAUAUCAUGUCGACCGCCGUAAAAAAUGUUAUUGCUGCGUGUGAAAGUCAAAAUCGGGAGAAUCUUCGGUUCAUCAUGUUUGGCGUAUAUGGUAUCGACGAGAAUGGAGAUUUACCCACACAUAUCGCGCAGUCAGUCCUGGGGUACCUAUCACCGUCUAAAUAUGGUCCAGCCAUGGAAGACCACAAGAGAUGUCUGGCGUUAUUGAAGAGUAGUACGUUGAACUAUACUGUAUUCCAGACCGCUGUGAUGGUUGACAGACCUUUCGGAAGCCCGUACAUGACGGGUGAAACGCCCGAGGAUGUCCCUGGAAUGCGCCUUUGGUCGAAGAUUGGUAUCUUGGAUGCAGCGGAUUGUGUGCUUAAUCGUGUCGACAAAAACGAUAUGAAAGAGUUAUACAUGGCCUAUGCAGCAUAAGCUGGCAAUCAAAGUGAUCAAAGAUCAAUUCCUACGCACCCAUGCUUCCAUGAGACAAAUAAAUAUAUAUGUACAUAAAGAAUUACAAUACGAUCGAUGUAUGUGAUAGGAUUUUGGGCUCAAACAG